AUGUACGAAGACAAGAGUAACGCAGAUCGCUGCUCCGUCAACACCUACUUGGCUUACAAAGAGCACCGGCCCACAAGCAUGAUGACCGAUGAAUCUCCUUUCUAUCUUGCGGUUAAUAACGAAAACCCGAAACCUGGUCAAAUGUGGUUCAAAUGCUCUCCGCUUGGAGUCAACUCCUUGAGAAGCAUGCUCAAGAAUAUGAUAAGAGAUUCGGGUCUAGAAACAGAUAAAAAACUUGUAAAUCACAGCACAAGAAAGCAUUUGGUUCAGAAGCUGGUUGAUAAUGACAUACCGCCAAACGAAAUCAUUCAGCUCACUGGACAUAAAAACGUUAACUCUUUAAACAACUACUCAUCUUUAUCCGACAAGAAACAGCAGCAGAUUUCCGCUGUGUUGUCUAAUGCUGCCAGUACCAGCCAAAGCUUGUCAGCCGUAUCUAUUGUAGCCUGCGCGCAGACGAAAUUAAACUCUGGUUAACUCCGUCUGCGAAACAGCGCCGAAAUCCUUGUUCUGGACUUCCAGCUGUGUACCCAGAUUUGAGUACGCACCACGAUUGGCCAGUUAAAAAAGACCUUUGUUUUGUUUGUCGCAAGACUGAUAAUAAGCCAUCAGGUUGAAGGGAAAUUCGAAACGCACUUCCGGUAAUUCGUUGAGUCGGUUGGGGGUCCAGAACAAGGAUCUCUGCGCUGCUUCGCAGACGGUACUAAUCAGAGUUUAGUUAUCGUCUGCACGCAGGCUAUAUCUAUUGAAGAGAAUACUAAAGCGGAAAGCUUUUUAUCGGGUGCAACUUCGGGAAGUUUUUUUCAAAAUUGCCAAAUCGCAACGGUAAAUGUCCAAGUUUAUCAGUCCGGUCGAACUGAAAAGUCUUCAAAGAUUCGUUGUGAAAAGAAACUGAAAAUCACUGUAUCUGAUGAUUCAAGUCAAAGUCAGUAA